AGCCGCACACACAUUCGCUCGACACCAGGUCCAGCGCUUACUAAGCAGCUAUACAUACACGUACACACGCACACAGCGAUAGGCGAGUCGGGUUUUUGGUAGCAGCAGCACCACCACCACCACCAUCACCCUUCGUCCCUCGUGCACCGUUCGGAGCCCCUGCCGUCGGCCCACUGAAAAGGCGCGCGCGCGCGCACCCGCUCUCGCUUUACACAUUACGGGGCGAGCCCAGGUCGGGCCGGAGAAGUCAAUUCCAGUAACCAAUCCCAUCCGCUCACGUACGGAAGUUGCAGUAAGCGGCAGCAGCAACGGCAGCACACCAGCAACAAGCACGGCAGCAAUAUACCAGCAGCGCAGAAGCAGCAGAUCCCGGGGACCUAUCGAUAUACCAGCGCCGACACGGGUGCGUUAAACGAUCAUUCGAACUCGAUCGAACGAGAACGCUUCGUCCCGAGCUACGCUGAGCUGAGCCGAGCAGAGCGAGAGAAAUUUUGUACCCCUGUUUGGAGUGAUUGCAUCGAAACGGCGCAAACGCAGAUUCAAUAAUAUACACACGCUUGUCGGACAAACGUGUCGGUUAGUUUCAGAGUUCCCGAGCUCGUGUUAUUUUUGUGUGAUUUUUUCACCCAGGCGUUGCAGCUGGUGAAAGUGAAACGGUUUUGGUUUUUCGACCACAGCAAACAGUGGAAAAGAUCGUGCCAAUUUAGUGAUGGAUUCUUUUUGCAAGUAAAAGGAUGAUACUUUCCUCACAAACGUGUGAAUAGUUCUAUUGCAUCGUGACCGAAUCAGGAAGUUGUGAGGAAAAAGUGACACAAAAGCGGGUUUUAAAAGCUAGCUUUGAAGAGCAGUGCACUUUAAUAAACGACUCCACGAGUGGAUUUAAGUGUUGGAAAGCCGCUUGAUAAUAUCAGGCGGGCAGUUGCGUCAAGACUAUUGCGACGUAAAACCAAUCACCCGAAAGGCAUUAAUCAUCGUGUUCCGGCGGAACACAUUGUGGCCCCGAUUGAGUGAGAUUUGGUACGGCGGCUUACACCCGUCCCGGCACGUAGGCGAUAGGAGUUGAGACGAUCCCACCACCCAGCAAAGGGGGCAAGACAGCGAGAGACAGACAGACAGACAGCGCGCAUCAUCACCGACAGAGCGUCGAUCUUCACCGAGCGGCCGACGGAACCACCGGAGCACCGAGCACCGGUAAAGCAUUAACACCUUACAUUAGACGCGCCAGCAACAUACACCACCACCAUGUUUGCGGUAAUGCGUAUUGACAACGACGACCGUAGGGCCGACUUCCGUCGCAAGAUGCGACCAAAGUGCGAAUUCGUCUGCAAGUACUGCCAGCGGCGCUUCACCAAACCGUACAACCUGAUGAUCCACGAGCGCACGCACAAAAGCCCGGAGGUGACGUUCUCCUGCGAGGUUUGCGGCAAAUACUUUAAGCGGCAGGACAAUCUACGCUCGCACAGAUGCAGUCAAUGUAUUUGGCGGUAAGCACUAUUUGAAAACAACAAACAAACAAACAAAAACCCACUUCCCUUCGAUCUACACUCAUUUAUUUGCAAAACACAUACCUAUUACACGACAAAUAUACACAUAUAUCUAUAAAAAACAACAAACCACUCAAAGUAAAACCCCAACCAAUCAACCAACAUAAAAACUUCUAAACAACAAAUGGGUGAUGGAGAAACAUAUAAAUAUACCGUAUAUAAAUAGAGCAACGAAACAACAAACAGAAAAAAAGAAAAAAAAAACACAUAAACAUACACACAAAGCGUGAUGGUGAAUAGCAAAGAACCAAACCUUACUAAAGCGAGUAAUGAAAAGCUGGAGCGAAACAAACGACCCAUGUGUGUGUGUACCUGUGUAGUGUGGGUACUUAAGCUGAAGCCACUUGUCUGCGAGACAAGCGGGACAACACGCCAAAACAGCAAAAAAUGAAAAGCACCCGGGGAAAGCACAACACCAGAACCGAGAGCAAACACUAACUACUUACUUUGAAUCUCCCAGCAUUAGGGGAGUGAAAAGUGAGCAGAUCUGCUCGAAGCAGCCCGUGUGGGAUCGAGUGGAUCGUGUAGCCUUUCGCCUAGCGGUGUAGAAUGCCGAUUACAAGAACAGGGCUGGGAAAGGCUAGUGUCAAGCGAAAUGUGUUAAAGUUGAAAAGCGUGGCAUAUGCGUUGACGAGAUAACACGAAGUGUGCAAACAUAAAAAGGAUCUACAAAUCGCACCGGCGGCGACUGAUCGAACGGUGUAAGGAACAUCUUAGCAGGAUAACAGAACAGCGUGUCUGGCCGUGUGUAGCGUGAGCCAAGCACAGCAGCAGACAAGCAAACGUAAUAGAAGUAAAAAGAUUUUAGCAGUUGUGUCAGAAUGAAAGAGAGAAAGAGAGAGAGAGUGAGCAGAGCAGGCACGCGAUCGCGAGUCGUUGUUAACGUAAGCAUAACUGUUCUGCGAUAAUUGUCCGUUUAAUGUUUAUAAGUAACCGCAUCACCUUCACAAGCCAUCAAUUUGUUUUGUGCCUUUGUUUGAUUGAAUUGCUUUCAUUGUAAUUUCCAAAUGGCGAAUGUUUUUGAUGUUCUUAACUUUAUUUUAUUUGUACCGCUCUCUCGCAGUUAUGUUUGAAUUGUUGUUUGUUUAAACUUCAAAAUUUACUACAGUACAGUUCCUUACCCGCCAUAAAGUUUUUUUUUCAAUAGCAUUUUUCUCCCUCCCUUUUCUACCCUUUUCUACCAACCCCUUUUUGCCAUCCUUUGCGCUAAGCGACGCUUUUCAUCAAAUGUCGGAACCGGAAUUCCAUCACUACGCGGACGCGGCGUCUGCAACCACGAGCACGAUGCAAGUGCAAGAAAACCCGACUCAAACCGAUCUGUUUUGGCCCAAAAAGUGACACAAACAAACACCACACACAGAGACACACAUACACACACCAAAAAAAAAGGACUCAUGUUCAUGUCGAUCCACACGGACCGUCGAAUUGUUUCGAAUAAAAAACACAGCCAAUCGAAACAGUCGCGAUCGGUUUCGGUGGGCAAUGUUUCGGAAAAAGGCUUUCAAAAUUAUCCAUCUCGAAUGACGAUCGAAGGACACCGUUUACAUUAACAGGCGAUCGUGCACACUGCACACCCCGGAAGGAACACUCGUACACUCGGGACGUUUCGGUCUCAAAAUUGUUUCUACUAUUAGUUUGCUAAGGUUUAUGUUUGUGAUAUAGUUUGGUAUCAUCGACGUACCCGGGCUGGUGUUCCUUUCGGAGUAGCGGUGUGGGGCACAAUGUGCCGUCAUUCUAACCAUACACAAAUGACGCAAUGAUCACUCCACAAAACCGUCACCAAACAAACACACACACACAUCCACACACACACACACACACACAAACCUACUGCACAUACACAACUAUCUCAAAAUUUAUGAAAACAAAAAUUCAACAACAACUUAACAAACAAACAUCACCGUAGCUUUCGAUGCAAAAUUACAAAAUUACUGAUCUAACACUCAAUCACCUCGGGGCACUCACUAGCUCACUAGUAGCCACUUAUCAUUUUCCGCACACUACUUAGUCGCACACAGCCUGCUCUGAUCCUUCCCUUCCUUCCUUCCUUAACUCCUUGCAAAUGGACCCUUGCCAGCGUGUUGGUUUAUUCCUUCCGUUUCCCACUCUCCGCUUCAAUGUUUUGCACCCAAAAUUAUGUAGUUUACCCGCUAAUACAAUAAUGUGUAUUGCUCGGCUGUAUUGGUUCUGUUUGGCUUUUCGGUUUUGUUUCUCUUUCGAUUGUGAGAGUGUUUCUUCUGGUACUUAGUUUGUUUUCUGUUCUAUUAUUUGAUUAGAUUGACCAAAAAACCUUCUCAACAAAACACAAAAAAAAAUCUCAACCAAACAAAAAGCUCAACCAGAAAACAAAUCACCAUUAUCUGUUUUUCGUAUUUUUUUCUUUUUCUUUCUCUUUUUUUUCCCUCCAACCACACCCACGGACAGAUCCAUCCAUAUGGAUAGGACAAUGAACGGUAACAACAAUCGAGCAUACUGAGCUCUAGUUUCGGCGGAUUGCUUUACCUUUGCUUGUCUUGUUUUUUUUUACUUUAUUUUUUCUGCUAAAUCUUUACAACACAUAAAAAGAUGCAUUAAGAUUUCGUAUCCUACCCCCUACCCAUGAGUUCAUGAUUUCAGCAACAAAACAAAACACAAAAAACACGCUCACAAGAUAAAGAGCUACGCGUAAUACAUUAUUUUUAUAUUAUAUUAUAUUAUUAUUAUAUUAUUAUUAUUAUUGUCAAGCAAGCAUCAACAUUAUUCGUGAGCGGGAUGUGCGUUAAAGAUAGGCAUACGCAAGAGGAAGAGAGGAGAAAGAGAGAGUGAUUCCGAGGCCCGGCAAGCACAGGCCGUGUGGACACAGUGGAAGACGAUGUACUCACAAAAAGCAGUAGUAGGUGCGGUUGGAAUAAGUUAUUUAAAAGAGCAUCGAGUUGCGGCCUUUUAUGUGUAUGUACAAUAUUCCUUCUAAAUAAGAUUCUAACGCUUAACGAGUAGUGGGGAGCAUUAAACGUAUCGUAUUUUUGUUUGCAUCGACGCUCUCGAAGCGCCAAUGUGUCCGAAGAAUGUGAACGAACCGGAGUCGUUUCCAUCUGUACAUAUCUUACCCAAUGUGACACACAGAAUCAAAAUUAUGCUGACUUGUACUUGUGUUUGAUAGAAGAGAGAACAGAGAGCUCGCAAAAAUGGGCCUAUAAUAAGCACAAAAUCAAAAUCAUACUACUUUAAGAGUUUGCGCGCGCGCGUCUGGAGCGGCACAAUUUUUGAUUGACCCACUAUUUAAGUUUUACUACUAAUUUAUGCUUGAACAAAAAAACACAGCAAACAGUGAUCGGUGAUCGUGAGUGAUCGUGAGACAGCUUUUAAAAAGGAAAGGAAGAGAGAAACAUGAGUUUACGAAUCAAAACAACGAUUUGUACGCGUACAAUGGAAGAGCACCGAUCAGGACUUAUAUGUUGUAUUAAUAUACUACACUAUCCCAGUUAUGAUUGUUGAUUUGUAAGCGAUAGAGUAGGAAGGUUAACGUAGCAAUAGGCAUAACACCGAACUCCACGAUCCGACCCGCCUUUUCCUCACACUUUGCCAAUGCCAUGAUUUAUCUCCCGUUUUACACGCGCUGCUAAAACUUGUGCACGGAUAAUGUUUGGCCUAUUCCCACAUACACUCGCAACACACGCAAACACGCAUACCCGUCCAAUUCCAUACCACGCACAAGAGUGGUCAUUUGCACUAACGGCAUCCAAUAAAGUUGCUGAGCAUGUUUCCUCCACCGUUGCCACCCGGAACAUGCCAUUUCGUACUUGCGCACGGUGUGUCGUCUUUGGUUGUGGUUAGGAUGGCCCGAUGAGCCAACGAUCGUCCGUUGAUUGAUGUGAGAGAAUCAUCGGCGCAACUUAUCUCCACCAUCCAUGAUCACCGAUAAAAAGGUAAAAUUAAAUUUGCAUCACAAUACCCUGCCGGCAUUAGCGACUCGUUAGCGCGGGGCGAAGAAAGGAUCCUGUCAUCAGGUUUUAUUAACUGCGAUCGUCGGUGCUUCGUCGUCAUGAAGAUCGCCGGAACUGUCGCCCGGAAUAGAGGGAACGAUAGAAAAGUGUGUGUUUGUGCGUGUGUGUGUGCAUGUGGAGAAGAGAGAAGGAGAGGGAAAGAGAAAAAGAAAUCCGCAAAUGGUAAAUCAUCAUUCAUAACUCCGUGUGACUUAACUUUUCUCAUAUUUCGAUGUAGUUUUGGAGGUUGUGCAUUGACCGUGCUGUGUAAACCACUUACAUUCACAACUGAUAGGCCGUGGGAUACACGGACCCAUGCGGUCGUUCAUUUCACAGGGUUAGGUAUUAGUGCUCCUUCUACGUCAAACGCUUCCUUCCGUUUCCAGAUUCGCAUCCGACGGUGAUGACGUCGAGCUGCGGAGAGUGACAGCUUUUCUUUUUAAUUAUUUUCCCUAGACUAAUACGUUAAAACCGCGCUUAGAAUAGAUUCUAGUCUGCUGUAAUUAUGUUAGUAGCAAUGUCAGCACAGCAUACGAGCAAACGAGCAAUCAGCUUAUUGAUCAAUAAACUGGCGAUACAAACGAGAAACCCCUUCCCUUUUAUCCCUGCCCUCCGUUCAUCCAGGCUACCACAGCACAGCGCUGUAUUCUUGUAGCGUGACUGCUCCCAAAAAGGUGCCAAACUUGGGUACUGUGCGUACUGCUGUCUCUUCAAUAUACGCCCAAGAAACGAUUUCAAUAAUGCUUACUUCAUCAGUAUGACAUCAGAGUAUAACAAUCUACUAAGCAAAAACGGAAAUGUAUGUCUUAACUGAAAGCAGAACCGAACAAUCACUCCAAUCCAUCGGCAAUAGGUCUGUGCGUGCAAAUUUGUGUGAAAAAAACGGCAACUCAUGCGUGUGUGUGUGUGUGCGUGCCGUGGCAGAAGGAGUGUAUCAAUCGUACAUUUAAUGCAUUGCAAACAAUUUUGAAUAUUAUUAGCAACAGUAAAGAGCUGGCAAAAUAUGCCAUGAAAAUUGAAAUAGAAAA